GUUGCUGCCAUUACAGGAUGUUUGUGAGAAACAUACAAGUGUAGUCAAAGAGUUAUAACAUUUUCAUUCAGUAUGUCAAACUAUAAGUUUGAUGUGCUUUUUGAGGGAAACAACCUCUCAGAUGGAGAAUUGAAGAAGAUUAGAAACUAUUUUAAGAUCAAGCGGCAGUCUGGAGGAGGAGAGUGUGGAGAAGUGGAAAAAGUGGGAGACAACACCUACAAGAUAAGCUUCUUGGAAAAAACAGCACAAGACAGGGUAUUAAGCAAAACUGAUCAUGUAAUAAAGCUCCAUGGACAAGAAAAUAUUCACAUAUCGAUAAAGCGUCAUGACGUUAAAGAAGAGAAACAGGAUCUACCACAUACCACAUCUGAUCAACAAGCCACUGGGGAUUCAUCUCUGCAGAAAGUUUUUAAACUCGACCCAUACUUACUGCACUUUCUGAAAGACAAUUCAAGCGCAAAGUCAGAUUUGGAGGAACAGCUCUUAUCUUUGCUAAGCUCCUUUAAGUUAGACAUGGUGACUGAGACAGUAGUGGUAGUGAGGGAAGCAGUCCAGACAGGUCAAAAUGAGGUUGUUCAGCAGAAGUGGGAAGCAAAGGUGGAUUUAUUGUUCUCAGACCUACAGGAUCGCUACAUCAUCCAUUUUGAGGUGGAGCCUAAGAGGCUAGAGAUUAUACAAAAAAACUCUUCCCUAUUCUCACAAAACAUUGGAGUCUAUGAAGAAAAAGAUUUAUCUGUGAUUGUUGGAAAAAUGAAGGAAGUGGAGAAGUUUUUGAAGGUUAUAGAUUCAUUGCAGUUGCGGCAGCAAGCCCGUAAAGAAUGUCUUGUGUCUGAAACACGUUAUGCACUUGUGAAAGAGCCAUUUGAACAGCAGGUAAAGUCAGAAUUUUCAAAGAUCGAGAUUACACAGGAGCGACCUGGCUGUCUUGUCCUAAAGGGUCCUGAAGAACAAGUCCAUUCUGCAGCAACAAAGCUUCAAGAGUUGCUGAAUCAAAUUCACGAGAAAAAAAUCCCACUAUCUCAACUCCUCCAAGCAUUUUUGUCAUCUAGUGGUGCUAUUCAGGUCUUUCAGACACGAUUUCAACAGAAUCUCUGUAGUCCAGUUUUGCUUGAGGUCACAGGCUCCAGCUCAAAUCUGGUUCUGCUGAGUUUGUCCACAGGCGCACUUCAGGAAGCAGCAACUGCAAUACAGAGAGACCUGUGUGUGGAGACGGUGCUGCUGGAGCAAGCUGAAUCUGAGUCACCAGGAAUAGAUACUUUGAAGAAUGCUUUGAGUCCCGCAUUACAACAGGCUAAUCAUGGAACUUCUAAAGUGGAACUUAGCUACGAGCCAGGGCCAGGGUCCUACCCCAGAAUGAAGGUGCAACUGGUGGGCUACAGCACUGAAGUCAAUAAAUUAAAAGAUAUUAUACAGGACUACAAGCAAAACUAUGUGGAAUACAGUGACACUGUGCCUCUACCUUUAGCAGAAAUGGUGUAUAAUUUCUUUGAACUUCUGCCACUACUAGGUGUGACAGCAACUGAUGUAAAUCUAGUACCUACAUCCUCACAUGUCCACAUCUCAGGACCUCGGUGUAAAGUAAUUGAUAUGAAAAAGAAACUGCAUUCAUCAUUUAGUCAUCUUAUAUGGGAGAGAACGUCAGUGGAUGGUCCCGGAGUCCUGCAGUUCUUUCAAGAGGAAGGUUCAAAUAUACGAGAAUUACUGCAGAGUUCCUGUCAUGUUUUGAUAUCACUCAAAAAUAAUGUCCAAACAGGUGCUGCAACAGCCAGAAACACAACCUUUGCCAGCCUACCUGCCAUACCUGCUUCUGUUUCACAUCCAGGUUGCUCUGUGGCCCUGGAAAUUGUAUUUGGAGGUCUUGAAGAUCAGCAGGCUGAUGUACUUGUUGCCCCCAUGUUGAAUACAAACUUGACCUCAACUAAUGUUGGGAAUUCCUUGUUAAAAAAAGCAGGGCAACAAUUUAAGAAUAAUUUCGAUGUUGCCAAAGGAAGAUGCAGAAUUACUCCUGGAGAUGUGCUGGAGGUAGAUGGGACUCCAUUACAGUGCAGAAAGGUUUUCUUUAUUGAGUGUGUAGCUUGGACUGGAAAUGCACACAGCAGUGAACAGGCAUUACGCUGUGGACUUGAACGUGCUCUGGCACUUUGUGAACAGCAGGCAUGGAGCUCAGUUGUUUUUCCAGUAAUUGGACCCGGAGUGGCACUAGCUGUACCUGUACAAAAUGCUACUAAUAUCCUGACAGGGGCGAUUGGGACUUUUGGCCAGGCUGGAUCCGCUCGUUCUCUCAGGACCAUACGAAUUGUAAUAAUGCCUAAUUACCCAGAUUCUGAACAGAUAAACAUGGCAGUCAAUACUGGGUUAAAUUCAAUAAUGGUGGAUCACACAGGACAGGCUGCUUUUCAGUCUCUAAUCUCGGAAAUUGAUGAAAUUACCAUCCCAGUGGCCAGAUGUCAGGUCCAUCUGAUAUUUGGAGACAUCAGCAAUGAGACGACAGAUGUCAUUGUAAACACCACAGACUUUAAUGACUUACAGACAGAUGUGUGCAGUGACAUCCUUACGAUUGCUGGACCGCAAGUCAGAGCUGCUAUAACAGGAGUGCAGGUAAAUAAAGGAGAAAUCCAUAUCACUCAGCCUGGAGGUUUCCCCUGCAAGGCGAUUAUGCAUGUGUGUGGAGAAAAGGAUACAAACAUUAUUAAAAAACUGGCGCAUAAGAUCCUGCUCGAUUGUGAGCAAAAUGGCUACCAGUCAGUGGCCAUUCCUGCAAUCUGUGCUGGUAAAGGAGGCUUAGAUGCCCGUUUGGUGGCCCAGGCUAUUCUCCAGGGUGUGAAGGAUGCUACAAUGCAAGCUAACCUCAACACCAUUAAAAAAAUUCACAUUGUUCUGAUGAAAAUCCAUGUUUUUUUGGAGUUUAAAGCUAUGGCACAGCAGAUCUUUGGCAGAUUUACCCAGAUGACAGCUCCUUUGCUGUUCACACCUCACAGAGCUGCUCCAUCUUCUUUGACCCUAGACCUUAGCUCUCUUAUUCAGUCUCUUCCAGACCAGCAUGUCACAGCUGAAUUUCUUGUAGUGGGGUUAACUAAUGAUGAGGUCUCAAGGGCCUGUCAAGAGCUUCAUCGAGCAUAUAAAAGACACUGCUCUUCUCAUUUUGUUUCACAAGAGGAACUUAAAAACUUAACUUCAGUUGAUUUUGAUGAUAUCAAAAAUGUGACUUCACUGGGUGUUCAGAUAAGCGAACGUGGCCCUGAUGGGUUGGAAGUUAGUGGACUUACAAAAGGGGUAAAUGAAUUCACGCAACUGAUCCGAGGGGCUCUUGUCAGGCAGGUGAGAGAGAAAGAGCAGGACUCCAUUUUUUCCCGUGUCAGCUGGUGCAUUUUGGGAUCAAGAGGAAUCUGGGAGAGGUUACCUAAAGAGGCUCAUCAUCAGCUGGAAAACAGGAAUGUUGGUGGAGGGAUACUGGAUGCACAAGCACAAAAAUGGACAGUAAAUCUGACAAAGAUGAAAGCCACAGCAAUCACAUCUAGAACUGUGACAAAAAUCAAACGACUGGAGAACUUGUCAGAUUUCGUUUUUCCACUUUACUGUGACAGCAUGACCACAGGGGAGGUUCUAAAGGUGGUUCCUCUGCAAUCCAGUACAAAAGAGUACGAAAGAGUGAAAAGUGACUUCAAGAGAACAGUCGCAAAAGCAGUCGUCAAGAUUGAGCGGAUUCAAAAUGUGAAUUUGCGCCGGGCCUACGAAGUUCGUAAGAAAGAGUUGCAAGAUACAAACGGGACAGUUGGGGCAGGGGAGAGAGUCCUAUACCAUGGGACCACAGCUGACGCCUGCGCUUCUAUACAGCGCAGUAACUUUAACCGCAGAUUUGCUGGACAAAAUGCAACGGUGUAUGGACUCGGGACAUACUUUGCUGUGGAUGCCAGCUACUCAGCUAAUCCCACGUACUCUGUACCUUCAGCAGAUGGGACACAGCUCAUGUUUGUGACACUUGUUCUGACAGGUCAUUACACCCAGGGGAAAAGUGGCAUGAUGGUUCCACCUCCUCGCUCGUCACAGGAUCCUAAUGACAGAUUUGACAGUGUGGUUGACAACGUGAACAAACCCAGCAUGUUUGUGGUGUUUCAUGACUGCCAGGCCUACCCAGACUACCUCAUCACAUUCAAAUGAUGAGGACUUGAUCACUAAAAAACACUCAAAAGCCAAUCACCGGGAGUAUGCCAGGUUUAAAAAGUAAUCCCAUAGAGCAUAUUUUUGUCUAUUACCAGCUGGGCUGAGAGCAAUACUUGGGAUUAAUUGUAUGCCUGUCAAAUCCUGACAAUUUGUCACCGUAUGUCUGUGUCCCCAUAAUUUGUCCAUUAGCUCUAGAAUAUUUAAAUGGACACGAUAAACCCCAAUCAUUUUCAUUUGGUCAGCAUCAACAGAGCAAUGCAGGAGUUAAUAUUAAACUUCUGGGGUCACAGUAUAAAUAACUAAUUUUCUUAAACAUUGGAAGCCAAUCUGUUAUGAAUUACAUCUUAAAUAUGUGUGUUUAUGUCACAUAAGUCGCAUAUAUGUGUAUUUCCUAUUUCUUUUUUAGUUUAUCUGUAUAAUUCUGGGAAGAAGUACCUAGAACUAUAGUUUUAUAUAAUACAAUGAUUGCUACAGUUCUUACCAAAAAUUAUUCCCAUGCCAAUUCUGUAGGGCAAACUUUGUGUCUCAAUAUCCAUUCAGAAUUAACAACAAUUAUUUGAUGAGAUAUUUCACCCAUUUUCAUUGGAACUGCCCCCACAUGUCUCAUUUCUAUACCUACAAGAUUUGCGUCAGAUUGAUAUUAAGCAAUUACUUGGGAACCUAUAUGUAGGUGUGAACAAAAAACCAAAAAAAAAGCAUGUUCAGACAAGAGCUUAGUUGGAAUGUUUCACUGAAGUAGGUUUCAGUUUGUUCAGCCAACAAUGUAUAUGAUUAUUCACUAGUAAAACUUUUUAAAAUUCUUGUAUAUAACAUUAUCAUACAUUGUACAAAGGAAGGAUUUGGUGUGUUUUUGUUUGUUUGGGUUUUUUUUUUUUCUUCCUUAUGAUUACACAAUAUUAAGAAAUAUAAGAUUCUGCUCUGUGAUAUAAUUUGAUCGCUUUACUUUUUACAUACAAAAAACACAAGAUAAAUAACCUGAAUAAGUUAUGUGCUAAUAGACAACAUUGUGAAUUAGUCACAAAUAUUAUAUUGGUAAGAAACUGAGAGAAAUUGGUGGGCUUGUACAGCACGAUUGGGCUGAUUUUCUUUUUUUCUGCCUUUAGAAUCUGAUUAAAACCAUUAUGUUUACUAGCCACCCUGAUCUUUUCCUCCCUCCUGUCUGCUCAGAUCCCACAGUGGAGAUACUGUCUCACAAAUUGCUGAAAAGUUAACACUGGCUAUGAUUGAAAGGUGUCAGAACACACAGUGCAUCACAGCUUGCUGCAUAUGGGGCUGCGUAGCUGCAGAUCAGUCAGCGUGCCCACGCUAACCCCUGUCCACCGCUGAAAGAACUGGACCAUGGAGCAGUGGAAGACAGUGUCCUGGUCUGAUGAAACAUGUUUUCUUUUACAUAAUUUGGAUGGCCCUGUGCAUGUGCAUCAUUUACCUGGGGAAGUGAUGGCACCAGGAUGCACUAUGGGAAGAAGUCAAGCGGGCGGAGGAAGUGUGAUGCUCUGGGUAAUGUUCUGCUGUGAAACCUUGGAUAUUGGCAUUCAUGUGGAUGUUACUUUGACACAUACCAACUACCUAAACAUUUUUGCAGACCAAGUACACCCCUUUAUGGCAUUGAUAUUCCCUAAUAGCAGUGGCCUCUUUUAGCAAGAUAAUGUGCUCUGCCACAUUGCAAAAUUGUUCAGGAAUGGUUUGGGGAAUAUGACAAAGGUUCAAGGUGUUGACUUGGCCUCCAAAUUCCCCAGAUUUCAAUCUGAUCGAGCAUCUGUGGGAUGUGCUGGACAAACAAUUCUGAUCCAUGGAGGCCUAAUCACACAACUUACAGGGCUUAAAGGAUCUGCUGCUAAACUCGUGGUGCCAGAUACCACAGCACACCUUCAGAAGUCUUGUGGAGUCCAUGCCUCGACGGGUCAGAGUUGUUUUGGCAGCACAAUGGGGACCUACAAAAUAUUAGGCACGAGGUUUUAAUGUUAUGGCUGAUCAGUGUAUCUAUCUACUUAUCUGCACAGUGCCGGAUGUUCGAUAUACAAUGUGUAGUCCAUAACUUUUACUUUUUUGUAUCAAUUGUAUUCACCAUGUCUUGAGUACUUAAGAAUACAUUUUUGUUCACUGUCACUCGUCACAUCUUACUGGUCACUUUAUUAAACACGCUUGUCUUGUAGGUGUACAGUGAGUGAUCAAAGCUCAUGUUUAUCCAAAUAAACUAUUCUACUUUGGCUGAUUAUCUUUGUUUUGGUUUAGCAAGUCAGGACCAGAUAGAAGGACCAGUCUCUACAGUAAAAGUGAUUUAAGAAGAAAUUCUCUUAUAGUAAGCAACCCCCAGCAACACUCUCUUUACGGUAGUGUGACAUCGGAGCUGACCUCCAGCUGAACCACACAGAGAGAUAAAUUGCUCAUUGUAUCAUUGCAUGCUUAAACCUGUCCUACAGUCCUGUGCUUGAGGAGAAGGAUGAAUCUGCAUUAUGGAGGAAAAUGAGUUAACAUUACUGGAAAAGCAUUUCAUUUCAUGUGGAGGAUGUCUGUUAUGCAAUCUCUCACUUUCACUGGAAGCAGGAGGGCUAUAAAAGAGCCCUAGGAUCAGCUUCUUAUCUGAGAACUCCUGAAGCACUUGACACAAGAGGUCUCCUGAAUUUCUCUUUUUAAUUUAUUUUAUUUUAAUUAAAAAAUAAUGAAACCCUCAGCUCUAGCUAUCUCUUUUUUAACUUGUGCUCUCUUGGUAAUUACGGAAGGACUUCCACCCAUACAGCACCGAUGUCGGUGUACAGAAACAGUGGAUAAAGAAAUCGCUGAUAAUAGAAUUGUGACGCUGGAGAUUUUUCAACCUGGUCCUCACUGCAAAGAUACAGAAGUAAUCGCUACAAUAAAAUUCCGUAAAGUAUUUACAUUGUGCCUCAACCCCAAAGACGCAUGGGUUCAGAAGGCCCUCAAAAAAAGGAACCUGGCACCAUAAAAUGCUACUGCAUUGAAGAUGGCUGAACAAGAAAAGAAAGAAGAGCUGAAGAUGCAAAAACGUCUUAACAUCCUCCGUGUUUCUUUACUCAUCAUAUGAGUAAUUAUCUAAGUGCUCACAGAGUAUUUUUAUACAAUCGUCUGUAUCUAAUAAAACCAACAGAUUUCUAUUUUUAAUUGCAACAAUUUAGGAACAUUUCAUGAAUAUUACUAAUA